AUGUUGAACAUAGCUGAAAAUGUUUGGUUAUUUCUGGUUGAUGCUGUUUCUUUUUUCUUGGUUUGUGGAAUUUACCUCGGCUUCAAAAGUUCAACAUCGCUACCAAUCUACUCAGAAGAGUUUGUAAAGAAUGAUGUAGAUUACAUGGUUCCCUACCAACAACCAACAUUAAGUGCUGGGUUGAUGUCUCUGUUAUCACACGUUACACCUGUUAUCUUCAUACUUGUACUAUGUACCUUACGUGCUUUGCAGAAAGAAGGAUUUAACACAGGACUUAAAUCCCAAGUGCCUCCCCAAAGACUGAGACAGCUCAAGAUGCCUCCAGCAGUUGCAGGAGGGUUCCUCUACACUGGUUACUUCUUCUUUGGAGCUUGUCUGAUGGGACUCCUGAACAAAGGAGUAGCUCAUAUGGUCGGGAGACUGUCCCCCAACUUCCUAGACGUGUGUAAACCAGAUUAUUCUGAGGAGACCUCUGUUUAUACAAGACAAAUGUGUACAGGAACUGAAGAAGAUAUCGUGAAAGCCUCUCUUUCAUUCCCCUCCGAGUAUGCUGCUCAUCUUUCCUACGGGUUCCUGUUUAAUGCAGCUAUAGUAUCCUGUAUACCACAACUAAGAAAGGUACCAAUGACACGACUACUGUGCUUGUUUAUCUUAGUGGUUCUACCCAUCCUUGGUGGUUUAUCAAGAUACGCAGAGGGCUUUAACCACCUUGUUGAUGUUAUUGUUGGGAUUGUUGUUGGAUUUGCUUGUUCUGCAUUUAUCGUAGUGAACCCUCUCAGGUUAUUUGGAACAUUAGAAAGCACUAACAGUUGCACUAACGAGGAGACAAUCCAACCAGAAGAUUCUAAGCAAACUUCUGACGUAGCGUUCCAGCAGACAAUUAGCUGAACCCUUGA